AUGACAGUAGGAGGGGUUCUCUGUACUGGUGGAAUUCGACCCAAUUGUAUGCCUGAUGCGAUUGGAUCAACAGCUGAAGCCGCUGCACAAAAUGCUAUUGCUAAGGCACAACAGGCAAGACUUGCUCUUCAAGAAGCCGAAGCACGAUAUGAUGCCAUUUUCAAAGAAUUGAUGACUCAUCAUGAUAAAAUGACACAAGUUAUGGUUCAGCUGGCUUCACUCGACAUGACCAAAAUCGAUUAUGAGCAACUAAUUCCGAUCUUUAAAGAAGCUAUUACAUAUUUGAGUGAAAUUCGAAAGCAUUGGGGCAGAUUAAUUGAGUUCUUUGAUAAUCUACGAAUCCGCGUUCAGAUUACUGUAAAGAAUUCGUUUACAAAAUUUGUCGAUUGGAUGAAAACGACUAUAGGAAUGGGCGAUGAUUAUCUCACUAAAGAGAUUCGUGCUAUGUAUCUCGAUAUGUUAAAAGAAAAUAUCAUCGAAAUCCAUCGUGAAGCUCAUCUUCUUUUCAUCAUGUCGAAAACUUACUAUGAUGUAUCACGAGAAAAUAUGAUGGAUCAAUUAGCAAGUCUAGCUAAGAUGGUUAUGGCGUCAUCGGAUGAAGAACGAAAUCAACUUAAAGAUGAAUUGAUGCGAGAUACAAACACGGUACAAACUAAAGUUAAUCGUUUGGCACUUCAACGUAAAAUUGAAUAUGAAGAGGCCAAUACACAACGUCAACAUGAAAUUGAAGCGUUCAUUCAACAAGCAACUCUUGGAGAGCUUGAAGAAGGUAUAGGACGUCGGCGUCGAAAGCGUGAUCAAAUGUUGUUGAUCUAA